AUGAUGAAAAUUCCUCCUGAGCUUCAGAGGCCCCCUUUGCUGGCCAUUCACACUGUUGACAUGCAACUACACUGUACAACAUGUGGAUUGCUUAACAAGGAAUCCCUGCUGUUAGCCCCUUUAGCCACCUACAUCCUAAGGAUUUGUCAGGCGGCAGAACAGGCACAGCUAUUAGAAAGCGAACCCCCCUUUUUUCCUUCCUCUCCUUCAGCCAAAGAUGGUGCCCCCUGCGUCUUCGGAGGGACGGUGUACAGGAGUGGAGAGUCUUUCCAGAGCAGCUGCAAAUACCAGUGCACUUGCCUGGACGGGGCCGUGGGCUGCGUGCCCCUGUGCAGCAUGGACGUGCGUUUGCCCAGCCCUGACUGCCCCUUCCCGCGAAGGGUCAAGCUGCCCGGGAAAUGCUGUGAGGAGUGGGUGUGCGAUGAGCCCAAGGACCACACCAUGGUUGGCCCUGCCCUUGCCGCUUACCGACUGGAAGACACGUUUGGCCCAGACCCAACUAUGAUUCGAGCCAACUGCCUGGUCCAGACCACAGAGUGGAGUGCCUGUUCCAAGACCUGUGGGAUGGGCAUCUCCACCCGGGUUACCAACGACAACGCCUUCUGCCGGCUGGAGAAGCAGAGCCGCCUCUGCAUGGUCAGGCCUUGCGAAGUGGACCUGGAGGAGAACAUUAAGAAGGGCAAAAAGUGCAUCCGUACCCCCAAAAUCUCCAAGCCUGUCAAGUUUGAGUUUUCUGGCUGCACCAGUGUGAAGUCAUACCGGGCUAAGUUCUGCGGAGUAUGCACGGAUGGCCGAUGCUGCACCCCUCACAGAACCACCACCCUUCCCGUGGAGUUCAAGUGUCCCGAUGGUGAGGUCAUGAAGAGGAGCACGAUGUUCAUCAAGACCUGUGCCUGCCAUUACAACUGUCCCGGAGACAAUGACAUCUUUGAGUCAACCUACUACAGGAAGAUGUAUGGAGACAUGGCAUAAAGCCAGAGAGAGUGAGAGACAUUAACUCAUGUAGCUGUAACUUGAACUGAUUCACAUCUCAUUUUUGUGUAAACAUGAUUUCAGUAGCACAAGUUAUUUAAAUCGGUUUUGCUAACUGGGGAAAAGGAAAAUUCCCUCCGAAUUCAAAAACAUUGUGCCAUGUGACAUUCAAAUAGUCUAUCAACCCCAGACACUGGUUUGAAGAAAGACUUGACAGUGGGACUACAUUAGCACAUAGCACCAGAAUGUAUACUAAGGUGUGGCUUUAGGGGCUGUGGGAGGGCUUGAAAUCUUAAAGUAGAAACGUGCCUGCUAUUUGGAGUGUUAUUGAGAAGGAAAACCUUAGCGUGUUCACUGACCUGCCCGUAGCUCCAGCCGGUAGCUGACAGCUAGGAUGUGUGUUCUGCCAUCAUGAGUCUGAGUCAAGUUCUUCUAUAAGUCAGAACAGCAGAUUCAGCUCUGACAUUCUGAUUCGAAUGACAGUAUUCAGGAAUCAGAAUCCUGUCUAUUAGACUGGACAGCUUGUGGCAAGCUAAUUUGCCUGUAACAAGCCAGAUUUUUUUAUUGAUAUUGUAAAUAUUGUGUAUAUAUAUAUAUAUAUUUGUACAGUUAUCUAAGUUAAUUUAAAGUUGUUUGUGCCUUUUUGUUUAUGUUGUUAAUGCUUUGAUAUUUCAAAUGUUAGCCUCAAUUCUGAACACCAUAAAUAAUGCGUAAAGCUUGUCUGAUAAUUCAAAGCAUGAAAUGGAUAUUCAAAUGGGAAUUCUGCUCAGUUAGAGUGACAGUCCAUCAGAACAGAUUGUUUGCUGAAGGUGAGCCAGUGAUGAUGCCCUUGGAAGUCUGAUGUGUAGGUUGAAAUGUGACAGCCUCACUUUUAAUGAACAAGUGGCUUUUACUGAAAUAAGAGUGGCUCUAAUAGCGGAUCAAUUUUCCACCUGGAAGCAUUUGUCUCUACUUUGACUACGACUGUUUUUUGGACAGUUUAUUUGUUGAGAGUGUGACCAAAAGUUACAUGUUUGCACCUUUCUAGUUGAAAAUAAAGUAUAUAUUUUUUCUAUAAA